AUGUGAUCAGCUGUGUCCAAUCACAGCUGAUCACUGAUGAUCAGUGUAGCCCCAGCAGUGCCACCAGUCAGUGUCCAUCAGUGCCUUGUGCCAGUGCUCAUCAGUGCCUCGUGCCAGUGCCUACCUGUGCACAUCAAUGCCACAUAUCAGUGCCCAUCUGAGCUGCCUUUCAGUGCCACCUAUCAAUGCCAAUUAAUGUCGCCUAUCAGUGCCAGUCAGUGCCGCCUAUCAGUGCACAUCAGUGCCACCUAACAGUGCCAGUCAGUGCCGCCUAUCAGUGCCAUGUAUCAGUGCUGCCUUUCAGUGCCCAUCAGUUAUGCCU